GGUGAACUUCGCCUGCAAGAACCAAUUUUCGGCGGAACCAAUGGUCGAGCCGGAAAAGAAGAAAAAGUCACAGGGCAAGAGGCUGGAGAUAUGCGCGAAUUGACGGAACCCGAGGCAGCCACAGCACCAGCAGCAGCGGCGGCUGCAGCAGAAGCAGCAGCCCUACGACGGAAGCGGCGGGCGGCGUACCGGAAGGCCGAGAGGCUGCACCUGUAGAAGGCGGAGAAGGAGCUCCUGUAGCAGAAGGAGAAGAAGCACCAACCGUCGAGGGGGACGGAGCAGCAGUUCCACAAGCAACCGCCGAUACUGCAGUAGCGGCCGAUGAAGCUGGACGGCGACAAGGAGGCCCCCGCCGAGGAUGAGAAGAUGGCAAAGCCGCCUGCGCGGAUCAAGAUGGUGAAGGUGCCGCCGAUCUGGGAGCCCAACAACCGUCGCACCCACGCCGCCCUUGUCUACGUCUUCUUCCGCGGGCAAACAAGUGGCUUCCUACCGCCGGAUACCAAACCGAAGCAGCCACACAUUGGCUACUUUUCCAACACGGACUCCGACGCUAUAGAGCUGAUCAACGCACAAAUACGUGUUCCAGCCGAGCAGCUGCAGUCGUAUAUGAUGCUAUCGCUGGUGUACUACGAACACAGUUACGUCAGUUCCAACCUUAUUGUCGGCAAGGACAAGGCCCUCAAGUUCUUCCUCGAAGACUACAAGCAGCAGGAGAAGGAAGUCGUGGUCGAGCCGGAAAAGAAGAAGGAAAAGGGAGGCAAAACUGUCAACAUCAUGUUUGGCUCGGAUGUGCCCAAGCUCAUGAACCUGGUAACCAAAGAGCUUGAAAAGAUGCUGCAGCCGAUCGAGGUUGAGCAGCAGCGCUUCAAGAUGGAGGCCAUCGACAGUGCAGAGCGCGCGGGGCGUGAGAUCAGGAACAAGAAGCAGGUUGACUACCUAACCAUAGUAACGGACAUGGGUGUGACGGUGUUUGGGCCGCAGGUUAAUCGCAACAUGUUCAAGAAGCUCACCGUGCCGGCCGAGGCCCUUAAGAUGCAGUGCAAGGACCACAAGGUUGUAAGAAGUCCAGCGAUCAGUUCGAGGUGGUGAACUUCGCCUGCAAGAACCAAUUGUCGGAGGACGUCAUCGAGCAGCUGGACCAGAAGGGUGAGGUGUGGGUCGAGAAAGUGAGCUCCAAGAAGGAAGUUAAGGUGGCUAAGAACAAGGCCGAGCCUAGGGUCAAAUCGGUAGUCCAGGAAGAACUGCAUGACUAGU